AUGGAGACCCCACUGCCUAUCUUCCUCCUUUCUGUUUUCAUCACUACAGGUGAGUAGAUAAUGCUAAGAAACCAUUGAGGCUAAUGGGUUUACAAGCCUUCCAAGAAUAAAUUAAUUGCUACAUCUCUUAAGAAAGGUCCAUAGAAAUAGAAAUAGGCUGUGUACACGUCAUACAUUUAGAGGGUGCUGGGAAAUGUAGUUCCGUGAUGGGGAAACUACAGUUCUGAGAAUUAUUUGGGGAAAGUGCACACUUGAAAUGUGCUUACAUGCCUGCCGUUUUUUUGCAGUUUGAGAUGAUUAGUAUCUGUGCCAGUGUAUAGCCAUAGGGAUAGUAUUGGCACUGUGUCACAUGAAGAGUUGCUCGUACAUUAUAUUCAUCGAGUGCACAAUCUCUCUCUGCACACACAAAUAGUUGAGCUGUACACUGUAUAGCAAUCCACAUGUCAUUUCUAACACAUCCAGGUGAUACUUUUUCUUGAGAGCCAGUGUGGUGUAGUGGUUAAGAGCAGUAGUCACGUAAUCUGGGGAACCGGGUUCGCGUCUCCGCUCUCCACAUGCAGCUGUUGGGUGACCUUCGGCUAGUCACACUUCUUUGAAGUCUCUCAGCCCCACUCACCUCACAGAGUGCUUGUUGUGGAGGAGGAAGGGAAAGGAGAUUGUUAGCCGCUUUGAGACUCCUGAAGGGGAGUGAAAGGCAGGAUAUCAAAUCCAAACUCUUCUUCUUCUUCUUCUUUACCCUGUUUUUAGGGGCCUCUCUGGAGUGUGAGAUUUGUGAGGGCCUUGGGCACUCUUGCAGUGGGCCUACGAACAGAUGCCCCCCUGGUUUCGACAGAUGUGCCGUUAUGCUGUCAGAGACUACAGUGGGUAAGUCCAUGGCAAAAGCUCAAGGACCGCCUCUUUCCAUACAAACCUACUCAGUCCCUGAGAUCAUCUUCUGAGGUCCUCCUUCAUGUGCCUCCUCCUUGAGAGGUCUGGAGGAUGUUGUCAUGGGACUGCCAAGGAACGCCUUUGAGCUGGGGGGAAGAGAAGAGUCAGCGCGGGUAUAGUCAGAAGGAGACAGAGAGGAAGUGACGGAAGGGGGAGAAGAAGAGAGCCAGGAGGUAGGAAGGCUCUCCGAUGCUGAAGCAGAGCCCCAGCACCGCACAGGGAGUUCAGGAACAGACAGAGAGCCUAUGCCUGUGCCUUUGGCACAGUAAAGGAGAGGGUUAAAGCGCAGGGAUCAGAGACAUCCCCUGCCUUUUCUGUUGGAGGAGAAGCAGGAGAAGACCACUCCCCGAAUCUGAACCGGACGAUUUGGAUGCAUGAUUGUACUGUGCUGCUAGUACAUAUGUAAAAUAAAGAACUGUAACUAUCUUUCUGAGUGAGCAGAGGGUGCUUAUUGCAAAGAGCAUACACAAACCAUCACAGGUGUCAGUGCAAGAAUGGGCCUUUUCUGCAGUGGCUCCCCAUCUGUGGAAUGCUCUCCCCAGGGAAGUUUGCCUGGCGCCUUCAUUACACACCUUUAGGCUCCAGGCAAAAGCGUUCCUUUUUAACCAGGCCUUUGGUUGAUCCUAUGCCCUUAUAAAAUGUGGCUCUUUUUUUGGGGGGGGGUGUUAUUGGGUUGUUGUUUUUAUUUUGAUUAUAUAUACAGUGGAACCUUGGUUCUCGAAUGGCUUAGUUGGCGAGCAAAUCGACUCCCAAACACCAAAAACCCGGAAAUAAAUGUUCCUCUUUUCAAAUGUUUUUCGGAAGCCAAACAUCCAACGCAGCUUCUACUUGAGUGUAGGAACCUUCUGCAGCCAACUGGAAGCCUUGGUGUUCGAACAUUUCAGAAGUCAAAUGGACUUCUGGAACGGAUUAUGUUCGAGAACCAAGGUACCACUACAUUGUGGGUUGUUGUUUUUUUAAUCUGUUCUGUGAACCGCCCUGAGACUUCCUGGUAUAGGGCAGUAUAAUAAUAAUAAUAAUAAUAAUAAUAAUAAUAAUAGCUAGAAAGGAGACUCUGACUAAACAUUAGGAACAACCUUCUCAUGGUAACAGCUGUUUGACAGUGGAAUGGGUUACCCCAGAAGGUGCUGGUCUCUCAUCCACUGGAAGUUUUUAAACAGAGGUUGGAUGGUCAUCUGUCAGGGACUCUUUAGCUGAGAUUCCUGCAAUGCAAGUGGUUGAACUAGAUGGCCCCAGGGAGUCCCUUCCAACUCUACAGUAAUAUGAUUCCAUGGCACUAACUGCCCCCCAAAGGGGAAUGAAUCCAGAAUCUUCCCAGUUUCGUCUUGCAUAGGCUGGACUGGCUUCAUUCUUCACACUAACUCCACAGAGUAGGAGUCUAAGCCAAUUGGGGCAAUUGCUUUGGUUUAAUUAUGAGUGGGGUUAUGUGUCCUUGAUGCCCCCAUUAGCACAGGAUUUCCUUAUAGCUCCCUGAAUUUCAGAAUACAAAGGCUUCUGCUCAGCAUGAAACAUGAAAAGAAAAGCCGUUUCCCCAACUUGAGAGACAUUAGCAGUAAUUGUAGCCUAGACAGCCUGGGGACCGAGACAUUCUCUGUGGUAUAAGUAGAGGGACAAAUCUAGUUUUGUAGUUAGUUUUGGUUUCGGACUUUAAAAAAAAGAGCUAUGGAACAAUAUUGUAUCAAGUAAGGUUGAUGCAAACGUGUAAAGUGGGCUUUAUCCAGUGAUGUUCAUUUGAAGUGGACCCAUUAGAUUGUGUGUCCUGCUAAAAUUAAAGGACCUAAAUUAGUCAUGUCCAUUCAUUUCAAUAAGUCUACUCUCAGUAGGAGUAACACUGGAUUAAAAUCCACUGAAGUUAGUGGGCAGCAGAUCUUCUCCACAGUACUUCUCAGCUAUAUCUGAAGAGGAUGGAUGGAAAUAAUAGAAGGGGUAGAUUUAAAUUAUCUGGAACCUCAGUUCCAUGCCACUAACAUCUGCCAUCCCAGGUGGAAUUAUUGCAUUGUCUCCCUCCCACCUUAUUACAAAUGUAAUUUGACCUUCCCUGCAAGGAACAAUAAUGGCAUUCCUCUUAAUCUAAGAGGAUGGAUUAUGCCGAAAUGGCAAAAAUGUCCGGAAGAAUCAGGAAGACUAAAUUUUAAUAAGGAAUGGGGGAAAUUUAUAAUUUAUCUUAAAAACCAUUGUAAACAGUUAAAACCAUUAGUAGGAUUGGAAUAACACUUUUAGUUUAAUGGUGAAUGUUGGACAUAAUGGAGAUGCAAAAGAUUUGGAUUAUUAUAAGAGAUGCAGGAGGAAAUGAUUAACAAUAGGACCCACAAAGGGAAGGAGGGAAGUCCAGGAGAUUCUUUGGAAUCUUGGUUUUUUUGUUGUAUGUUGGAUAUGUGAUUGAAAAAAUUUAAUUUGAAAACCAAAUAAUUUUUUUUAAGUAAUUGCUUUCCUCCUAAUGACCUGGUGGGCCACCACAGUGCCUUAUAAGGAAUGCUCCAUGAUGUCACAUGGGACAUAGGGGAAUGACUUCAUUCUGAGAUCCUUGAUAUCGUCUUCCAUCAGCUGGGGCAGAGAGCCUUUCCCAACCUGGUGUCCUUCAGAUUUCCUGGACCAACUUCCAUCAUCCCCAGGCAGCAUGGCCAAUGACCAGGGAGGAUGGUAGCUGCAGUUCAGAAACCCCAGGUUGCAGAAGGCCACAAUAGCGAGAACUGGGCUCUAUGGACCAAUGAUCCAAUUCACAUGAAGUGACAUGACACUUACCAAGGAUGCUGAGAAGUAGGGUCAAUACCAUCGUGGUCCUUUUUCAGACAUCUUGUUUCCCUUUUGAUGCUUACAGGAACAAAGUUGAAGGCCAUUGUGAAGAGUUGUGUGCCAUCCAGUGCCUGCAACAAUGGCGUCACCGUCCUCAAUAUGGGCCAGACAGGAAGAGUAGUGACCCAAGUUUUCUGCUGUGUGGGGGACGAGUGCAGGACGAUGACCCCCACCUGUAUGUUGCUGCUGUUCUCCUCUUUCCUUUCCUCUCUUUAUCUUACAACCUUUAAUUAGUUUUCUUUAAAAACAGCAAACAACCAAACCCUAAAUCUGUCCUAUUCCUCUGCUCCUUGACUCACACCACACUCCAGUUUAAUGAGCUCACAUUGGUGUACUUCAUUUAUUUAUUUGCAGCCCAUUCAAAAACAGCAGGGGAAUCCCUAACGCACAAGGAGCCCUCACAAUUCUAUACAAUUAGUUUUAAAAAAUCUUUCUUCUUUGCCCCCUGGGAAUUGUAUUUUUUAUUAGAGAACGAGCUCCCUCUAUAUCUAUUGUAAGAAUUGUCAAUCUUUUUGGGGGGCAGUGAGCAUACUCAGGACUUGGGAAAGGGACAUGGGUGACAGCCAUAAAUGGCUGCCAUAGGGAUGUGGACUGGCACAAAAUGGCCUCCUUGGAAGAGGCAUGGUAUGACACAAAAUGUCAGCCACAAAGGGAGCAUACCACAAAAUGGGACAGACAUGCCCCCACCGCUCCAUUGACAGGGAAAAGGAUGGAAGGAAGGGAGGCUAUCUGAUCCUUGGAUCCAAUUACAUGUGGAGAUUUUUAAGGAAGCAUGUUCAAUGUAGGGAAGGCUGAGCCAGUGCAAGCAGGAACCAAGCAGAAAAUCCAAACAGUCUCUCCUGUCUGUGGGUUUCUGAGGAGAUAUUUACAGAGUCAUUUUGGGGCACCAUAGGAGAUGCUGGCAAACACUUUAGCCCUUGUGAGUACCAGGCUGACCACCCCUGCUGUAUUUGAAUUGAUAAAUGACACAAUUUGAGGUCUAAAGCAAAAACAACUGAUACACCUUUUAUUAAAGUCCUCACCUCUUUCCAAAAUUUGUACGCUUGUUUUACAAGACCGCAACAUGUGCCAGUAGGCCCCAUUAAUUUAAUACUUGAAGAAAGUCUUGGAGAUGGCCUCUUUCCCCCUCAAAUAUUCUGAAUUGAACUCAUAAUUGGUGAACGCCUCCACCCCACAUGAGGAACUUAGAAACUGGCUGCUCAAACAGGGGCUCAAACUGUGUUUUUCUUUCAUCCCAAAUGUAUGCAGUGACGCCCGCAAAGCCAAAGCCGAAUGGCAAAGUUUGCCCAGCCUGCUAUGCUCUGCACAGUCUUGAGUGUGAGGAGGAGGAAGAGGUCAAAUGUUCUGGGGAUGAGAACUAUUGCCUUGCCUUGUCUGGGACUACAACUGCAGGUAGCUGAAUGCUUAAGCAUAUGCAGAAGCAAAUCUACACUCCACACAACAACUCAGACUGGUCUUUAUUAUUUCACUACUUCAGUCAGUACCGCUACAUUCUGAAAGGUACCCCAUACCUCAGAGGUCACCAGCCCUUUUGGACCAGUGCAUACAUUUUGAGAGAGUGCUGGAGUGCCAGUCACAAAAUGGCUGCCAUGGAAUAGGCAUGGCAUAAGACAAAAUUAGAGAGACAACCAUCCCCAACGACCUUAUAUUUACCAUGGGAAGUCAGCUAUGUCCUGCUGGUCUUUGUUAUGGUGAUCACACACACACAUGUUGUUGCUGUCUCAUAAAAACAGCAAGCAUUCCUCAGUACCAGGGACUACAUGCAGGUCUUGCCAUAGGAACAUUUCUAAUUGGGCAUUUGUCCAAUAUCUCCCCAUGCCCCUCUCUCCAUGGUUUUUUCCUGAAAUGACUGCAGCCAACCAGCAAGAGAGAGACAAAGGAAAAACUGAUUUGUCCGAUCUCUUCUGCUCUCUCACUGGUUCAAUCUUCCUCCCUCCCUGCAUAUCUGCUGCCCAAAAUGGCUGCUUCUGACCAACAAAGCACAAACAAGCAAGGAUGUAAAGAAGUGGGCAAACUCUUGAUGUUUGGAUAUCUGAAUCUGCAAAGUGUAUAGCAAGGGGCAGUCAUAAUUAUUUACAUUCCAAUAAGUGAAUUUUCACAUAGUGUGAGGGGAUAGCAGAACCUGAGUCUAUACAAGAUAGACACACCAUUCUAAUUUCACAGAAAUUAUUUAGAGGAGCACCUGCACUUUUGCUCCAUAACUUUCUUUCUAUGAGGGCUAGAUACUUCUUUUUAAUAAAUAAAUAAAUGAAAGCUGGUUUCAGAGCUGUUACCACAUAAAAUAAAGUACAUUCUCAAGAGACUACACCAUAAGAUGCUACAUCAAAAACAACCUGUUACCAAAAAAUGUAAAAUAAUUUUGUUUUGUUAUGAAUACCAAACAAACCCAUAUUUAAUCAGGAAUUGCCAUCCUGUCAUAUACGUAGCAAAUGGUCAUGAAAUGGAAGCAAAAACCAUAGAUUUAGCUACACCCAAAGAUAUUCUUCAUUUAUGAGUCAAUUUUUCAGAAAGAAUGAUAAACAUUACUUUUAAAAACCAUUAAAACUAAAACUAAAACUGAAGGGCUCCUUCCAGCCCCAUGAUAUGGCCAAACAAGCAGCUACUAAUAGAAAAAUUAUAAGUGGUUUACAUAUUCAGUCUGUAUUUGACCCAUCAAAAAUUGAUAAACAACACAAUUUGAUGUCUAAAGCUAAAACUACCAGUACACCUAUUAUUUCAGAAAUUUCCUGCCUCACCUCUUCUCCACAUUUGUACGCUUGUUUUACAAGGCCACAACAAUCCUUGAAUUCUAAUCCUUGAAUUAAUGUGGAGGGCAAAAGAUUUUGGAUGGCGCUUUGAUGACAUCAUGCAGACUGGGCAACAAAUUUGCAUGUAUGAUCAGUGCACAGCCCGCAAUAAAGCACUGUGGAAACAGAGUGUGAUAGCCUCAUCCCUCUCUGUCACACACAAGAUCAGGAAAAGAUGGAUCUAGAUCCCUACCUCCUCCCAUCUUCUCUCAGUCAAUACCGUAGAAGAUGGGUAUGUGGUUAUCACAGUUCAUAAUAUAUUUCCCUGGUAUUGAUUGUUGACUGGUGAUCUUCUGCAAUUCUUUCUUUUAGGAGCCUUAGUUGUUACAACGAUCAUGAAGGGCUGUACGAACUCCGCAACCUGUCAGGAACUGAACGAGCAUUCCGGCUCUUUCUCUGGGAUCAGUGUUGUCGCCUUAAGCAAUUGCAAGCCAGCUAACAGCUCUGGAGGCCACGGGAUCAUUCCAGAAUCAUUUGGACUAUUUUUUGCAACCCUUGCUGGGCUCUUGUCUGUGAUGCACCUUCCAAGAUGGGGCUAG